GUGCAGACCAGGCUUCCCUUUUAUCCGCUUGUUACCUGAGUUAAUUUGUCCGUUAUGUUCGACCACUUUACAAUAAUUCGCGUUUGCUCUAUUGCUAUGGGAGUUUGUUGUUGUAUUUCGGAAAAGUUUGAACCUAGUUUGAAAGAUGGAUGGGCCUACUAUACCGGAUCUAACAUUGCACCAACGAGAUGCGACGUCUUUGUGUAGGAAGUGCUCACAGAUUACGCUUGAACGACUCCAAGAGCCUCCCACUUCACAGAGCAGAAAUGACUUGGAUAGUAACAAGCCGAACGGAUUUCACCACUACCAACAGUGGGAGAUCUUGAAACAGUCAGCUUCUGCAGGGUGCCGGCUAUGUACUGUAUUAUGGGGGGCGGUCUGCCGUCACCAUGGAGGCGAAGAGGAGUACAAACGCAUACUCGGUAGCAGCAAAAGAGAUAUCAAGACCCCACUCUUGCGACUAUGGAUCCCGGCUGUAGACGAGCCAAGUACUAUCUACUUCAGUUGCGGAACUACUCAGGAACCAAUCUGCCUUGGCAUCUCAGCUUAUCCAGGAACCCAGGCAAGCCAAAUGAUCUAUUCUCGCCCAACAGCCGUGGAUCCAACCUCGAAUGAGAGCAUCUCUCUGCUCAAGACAUGGAUUGCCGAAUGCUUUAACCAACACAAAGAAUGUCUGGGAAACGCGGAUUCGGCACUGCCAAAGCGUGUUCUUUACGUAGGAAAACCAGGUGUAGAGCUAGAUCAUCCACUUCGGCUGUACUGUGAUGGCGGCUUUGGCCCGUAUGUCACACUGAGCCAUUGUUGGGGCGGGCUGGUUCCAUUCCAGACUACGAAAGGCACACUCGAGGAAAGGAAGUCAGAGAUUCUGUUCUCAGAUCUCCCUCAAACGUUUCAAGAUGCCGUAACUAUUACACGGACUCUUGAAUUUGAGUUUUUGUGGAUCGACUCACUCUGCAUUGUUCAAGAUGACAGUCAAGACUGGGCGACUGAGGCAGCGAACAUGGCCAAGAUUUAUAGGUCAGCCAUCUUGAAUCUAUCCGCAAUGUCGGCGGAGAAUAGUUCUCAAGGCAUGCUUCUCCGUCGCGAUGUGUCUGUAGAGCUUUCUUGCGAUCUUGACUUCUCCGAUAUGGACAAGGAUUCGUUGCAAAUCACUUAUCCUAAGCCUGAUCCAGGAGACAAUAUAGUCAGCAGCAGAGCUUGGUGCUUGCAAGAGCUCCUGCUUUCGCCGCGAGUCGUCCAUUACAGUUAUACCUCGGAUCUCUCACAGCGUCAGAUGAUCUGGCAGUGCCAGCAACUUAGCCUUAGAGAAGACGGACGCACAGGAAUUCAUCUAUUUAAUUGGUUCAACAAGGCUUUGCUCAAAUAUCCCUCCAGCCCUGAUCGUUCCCUAUUUACCAAAUGGUGGCGCAUUGUCAAGGAGUACUCGGGGCGCAGGCUUACCGUUGCCUCGGACAAGCUUCCCGCGAUCUCGGGAGUUGCGAACGCAUUCAACUCUCAGUUAUCCAACUCUCAGUCAAUAAAUAUGUAUCUUGCAGGCAUUUGGCGUCAGAAUCUCACUAGAGACCUCCUUUGGCGUGCAAGUGCAAGGGGUCAAGUUACCAAGCCGAGGAGCUACAUUGCCCCUAGCUGGUCCUGGGCAUCGAUACAAGGCAGUGUGUUUUUUGGCAUAGAAAUGAGCAGCGAUUUGGAGUCCCAUGUCGAGAUUAUUGAUGCAAAUGUCACUUUGACUUCUCCCGACCCAUACGGUGCAGUCAGCGGGGGUUACAUCAGGGUAUGCGGAUACCUCAAACCGGCCCGCUUCAGGUUGGACUGUAACUGGAGGUGGAGACCAGGAUCGAAUCUCUUCAGAUAUAUCGAAGUGGCAGAGAAAGGAACUACCAAGCACAAAGCUACAGGAGGGCUUAUUAACCGGUACGAAUGCCAUGUUCAUCUUGACCAAGAUGACGCCGGUUUCGCAGGCAGUCAGGCGUGGUGCCUCCGAUUUGUCGACCCCACAUCUGACGUAUGGUCUAACACUUCAGCACACGGCCUAGUUCUUCGACAGACUGAACGGGUCGAAGUGUUUGAGCGAAUCGGUGUAUACUGCUUGUAUAAUGCUUAUUCGUCCUUAAAGGAGCUUGAUAAUUGGUUUGAGGAUGUCAUAGAGCGGCGCUUCAUUACAAUAGUAUAAACCCUGCUAUGUUGAAUAAGGUCAUCCAAGAGUUGGAUUUAUGAUUCAAGAUUGCCAAGUACCUCAGAACGUAAGAUUCAAUAUAUAUAUAUAUAGGUAACCUGUCAAACAACCGCUGCUACUAUUUUGCA